CGCAGCGCACGUCACGUACGCACGGAGUCCAGGGUUAGAUACGCGGCGAUGGCGACUCUGCUUUACAAGCGGACCGACUGAAACGGCAAAGGGAGCCGACAGCUCGUUUAUCGCGCCGUCAGGCGUGCGACCUCGGACGGGGCGCACGAAGAGCUGACGGAAUCGCCGCCUUGCCGGUUUCCGCGCUGGAAUUCCCUCUCAGAGUCCAAUGUCAUCUUAUUGGCAGGGUCACUCGAGACGGAGUCACCUACAGGUUUCCUCAUCUGUUUCUCUUAUCUGACUGAGAUUGGGGUCUCGUGUCGGAGACAGGCGUUCCCAGGCGACUGAAGCACGCUGUCACCGGGGCCAUGGAGGAGGAGGGGCAGCGGAGUCCAGAGUGCAUGCAGCCCAAUCAGAUCUUCCCGAAGAAGGCGCCGGUCCUGGAGGAGGAGAGCCUGCAGGUGCCCUUCCCCGAGCUACACGGGGAGUCUGCGGAGUACGUGGGGAGAGCUGAGGACGCCAUCAUCGCCAUAUCUCCAUACCGGCUGCACAUCAAGUUCAAAGAGUCCAUUGUGAACAAUCACUCAAGUGACGUUUCAGUCCCACUGCAGCUCAUCGAGAGCGUCGAAUGCCGGGAUAUUUUCCAGCUCCACAUCAUCUGCAAGGACUGCAAAGUCAUCAGGUGCCAGUUCUCCACCUUUGAGCAGUGCCAGGAGUGGCUGAAGCGGCUGACAGCCGCCACGCAGCCCCUCUCUCGCCUGGAGGAGCUCUUCUCCUUCGCCUUCCAUGCCUGGUGUGUGGAUAUGUACGCGGGGGAGAAGGAACAGCGUGGGGAGCUCUGCAGACCUGGUGAGCAUGUGAUCUCACGCUUCAAAAAUGAGGUGGAGCGGAUGGGCUUCGACACUCAGAAUGUCUGGAGGAUUUCCGAAAUCAACACCAAGUACAGGCUCUGCUCCAGCUACCCCCAACUCCUGCUGGUACCGGCCUGGAUCACUGACAAGGAGCUGGAGAAUGUGGCAGCGUUCCGGUCCUGGAAGCGAUUUCCGGCUGUGGUGUACAGGCAUCAGAGCACGGCUGCUGUGAUCGCCCGCUGCGGUCAGCCAGAGGUCAGCUGGUGGGGUUGGCGUAACGCGGACGACGAGCACCUGGUGCAAUCCAUCGCCAAGGCAUGCGCUAUGGACAGCAGCUUCCGGAAGCACCUGGCCAAUGGCUCCUGCUCUCGUGACUACGCCAACGGUGGUGACUUCUCCUCCGAUGGAGAUUUUGAUGCCUCCAUGACCAACAGCUCGGAGGUGGAGACCUUAGCCAUCCAGCCCCCGAAGUUGCUCAUUCUGGAUGCCAGGUCAUACGCAGCUGCCGUGGCCAACCGGGCCAAAGGGGGGGGCUGCGAGUGCCCAGAGUACUAUCCAAACUGCGAGGUGGUCUUCAUGGGCAUGGCCAACAUCCACUCCAUCCGCAAGAGCUUCCAGUCGCUGCGCUUACUCUGCACGCAAAUGCCCGACCCGGCCAACUGGCUCUCAGCGCUUGAGGGCACCCGCUGGCUGCAGCACCUGUCACUCCUCCUCAAGGCCGCCCUGUUGGUGGUGAAUGCCGUGGACCGGGACCACCGGCCCGUGUUGGUGCACUGCUCUGAUGGCUGGGACCGCACUCCUCAGAUCGUGGCGCUGUCCAAACUGCUGUUGGACCCCUACUACCGGACUGUGGAGGGCUUCCAGGUCCUGGUGGAGACCGAGUGGCUCGAUUUCGGGCACAAGUUUGCCGACCGCUGUGGGCAUGGAGAGAACUCCGUGGACCCAAACGAGCGUUGCCCCGUCUUCCUGCAGUGGCUAGACUGCGUGCAUCAGCUGCAAAGGCAGUUUCCCUGCUCCUUCGAGUUCAGCGAGGCCUUCCUGGUGAAGCUGGUGCAGCACACAUACUCCUGCCUGUUUGGCACCUUCCUGUGUAACAGCAGCAAGGAGCGGGAUGAGCAUCGCAUCCAGGAACGCACCUGCUCCGUCUGGUCACUGCUGCGGCCCGCCAACCGCGGCUUCCGGAACAUGCUGUACUCCUCCCACUCCGAGACGGUACUGCACCCCGUGUGCCACGUACGUAACCUGAUGCUCUGGACCGCCGUGUACCUGCCCAGCUCAUCUCCCACCACACCUUCCGACGACUCCUGUGCCCCUUACCCCGAGGACCCACCCCUGGGCAGACUUCCAAAGACACGAUCAUUUGACAAUCUGACCAGUGCCUGUGAUGUGGGGGGGUCUUUAGCCCCAAACCGGCGAUCCAGUGACCCCAGCCUGAACGAGAAAUGGCAAGACCACCGGCGUUCCCUGGAGCUCAACAUCGGGGUUGGCUCUGAAGGGGGCGGGGCUUCGGACCUGGACAGCAGGACCUGUAUCCAUGCAGGGUUGGGUCCCAGAGAAGAGUGGUCUGACAGAGAGCCGGGGGCCAGUAUGCCCUCUGCAGAGAACGCAGACGGGACAGAGGAGGCCAGGAUCCUGAGGGUGACGCUGCCUGGGGAGGAGAGCAUGGAGGAGGCUGAGCUCUCCGUAGUGGCUGGUGUCCCUGAGGCACAGAUGGAGAAUAUCCUGCAGGAGGCCACCGAGGAGGCAGGGACAGAGAUCUACAACAACAAUGCCAGCCGGGAAAGUCCUCCCCUAGAAGGGGGCUCUGUCACUCCCCCGAAUAUCCCACAUGGCUCUUCUACGACCCGACCCCCUGCCACGGAACUGCUUGCCAAGGCAGCCAUGCCACCAGAGGACAAGGCACCAGAGGCUGAGGAUGGAGAAGAGCAGAAGGACUCCGCCCCUAAGUUGACCAACGGCCACGCCCAGGUCCUCUCCACGGGAGAGCUGGAGAAGUUGCAGGCUGGUGUGGAGCAGCUGGAGGACAGGGCCUCACUCAUGGCGAGUUCCACGGAGACUCUGACCGAGGACGAUGCUGCCCGGCCCGAUAGCCAAAGGCAGCUCCCGCUCUUCGAGGUGAAGUGUCCACCCCACUACCUCAGGAAAAAGGAGUCCAUCAAGGCAGAGGCUGAGCGAGGUCCCACCAGGACUUUGAACGGGGCCGAGUGCCCCUCCCACAGUGCCUUGCAAUCCCCGAAAGCAGAACCCCUAUGCAAUGGGGUGACACCCUCUGACAUGGAGACCCGGGUCAACGGGGAUCGUGCCCCUCUGAGUCGACAGGUCUCAGCAGCCAGCUGUGGAUCGCUCCCCCCACACCCCCGGGGGGGGCGCUGCCCCCAUACCCCGCUAGUGGGCCGUGCCCCUGCCAGCCCUGAGCAGUCCAUGCGCAGCCACCUGGACGAGGACGGGCUGGCGGUGCCGGUGGACGUGGUGCAGCAGCGGCUGCGGCAGAUCGAGGCUGGACACCGGUUGGAGGUGGAGAUCCUCAAGAGGCAGGUGCAGGAGCUGCGCAGUCGCCUGGAGAGCCAGCAGCUGGGAGGCAGCGGUACUGGGGGACGCCUCAAUGGGGACGCCGGAGACGAAGUGACCUCCAUUCCGGACUCUGGGUGCAACCUGGACCCGAACUGCAUGUCCCGCUGCAGCACAGAAGUCUUCUCCGAGGCCAGCUGGGUGCGAGUGGACAACCAGGAUGCCAAGGUGACCCGGUGGUAUCCGGAUCACUUGGCAGCCCAGUGUUAUGGGUGCGAGAGCAGGUUCUGGCUGGCCACCCGGAGGCACCACUGCAGGGGCAGGGAGCCCGCUGAAGAAGCCUGGAACUGUGGGAAUGUGUUUUGUGCUACCUGCUGCAACCAGAAGAUGCCAGUGCCGAGCCAGCAGCUGUUUGAGCCGAGCCGCGUCUGCAAGGCCUGCUAUGGCAACCUGCAGCUCCUGGAGCUGGAAAAGCCCAUCACUGCAAGCUCUAAUUAAUGGACUCCACCCUCCACCCAGCACCCUGGAGGAGCCGGGAAGGGCAGGAUGACGAAGGGGGCGGAGCCUGGCCGAGUAUGCAUUGCUUGCAGGAGGAGCCGAGGGGGGAAGACCCUCCUGUGCCCAUGGAGCCAUGGAGUGUGUGCGUGUAUGUGCAUCAGACUCUUCCCGUGUGCUGGACCGUGUCAUGUGAUGCACUGAGAUGCUGCGUGUUUAUCCAGUGCUGCUGGAGGGGGGGGGGGGGCACCGUGAUGGGUGAAGCACUUUGAGUAGCUAAUGCGGCCUUGGCUGCUUGGGGCUGCGUGUGAAAUGAAAUGCAGAGAUCUGUGGGGUUGUCGCUCGAAGAGAGUUGCCGGGGGGUAUGUGUAUUAAAAGCAAG